AUGUCAAAUUACUUUCCAUUAGAAACAACAAAUAAUGAUAUUUUUGUAGCCGAGAAAAAUUAUACUAAGGGAGUAUCUGAGUUUCAUGAGUAUGACCACAAUAAAGAUGUGACAAAGACAACGACACCUCAAUUCAAUAAUUCCAACGAAGGAUGUGCGGUUUCUUAUUCAAACUUCGUGACAGAAUCAAUAGACAUUAAGGAUUCGGAAAAAAGUUCCUCUGUAGUUUCCAUCAUUCCAACAAUGAUAUGCACGAAUGAUGAAAAAAAAUUACCAUUCUCUGAGCAAAAUAAUAACGGAGAGAAUGCGAGAGAAACUUCUGAUGAAACCUUACAUUACUCGCACCAUUGUGAAUAUGUGAAGCAAAAGCCGAACAAGCUAGUUCCUUAA